AUGGGACACAAAGUAGAAUUACUACAGCAGAAAACCAUCGAGGGGGCAGAGGAUAAGACAGCCAGCGGUGUGGCCACAAGCAAAGACAGUCAUUGGUGUAGCGCACAAGCAAAGACAGCCAGCGGUGUGGUCCACAAGCAGACAGCCAGCGGUGUGGGCCAUCAAGCAAAGACACUCAUCGGUGUGGGCCACCAGAGGAUAAGAUGGGGAAACCCCGCAAACAGCUACUACGACUUGCCCUGUAGCCUGCAGGAUGCCGUGGCCGAUCCACAGUGGCACAAGUCUGCAUACGAUCCUGGACUCAAGGUGGAUAUGGUCUCUCACUUCCGGGACCCCAGGUUUUUCCUGUUGUUUGAUGCUGCGGGAUCUAUCGCAGGAGUCAGGUUUGGUUUCCAUAAACAAGACUUUCGUCGCUCUAUGGUUGGCUUACACGGUAAAAAAUAUAAUUACGUCUUUCCACGGAAAAUGUUCCGAACAGAGAAAUUGUGGAAAACAAAAACCUUUUAUACAACUGUCCUCUUUGACAAUCCUGAUGUUAUUAAGACUGGAGGCAGACCUUUCCUUAAUAAGAGUACAGACGGAAUAGUGACUUCUCUACACUACUGGGCAGAUUCCGCAUGGCACUCUGUGCCCAAGAGGGAGUGUGAUGUCACGGCUGAGCUGAAGGAACAAGGCUGUUACGAGAGCAUGGGAAAGCACUAUUUCUAUAAUACGGACAACUCAACUGAUUGCGCCCAGUGGCAGGGGUUCUUCACCACGUACGAUGAAGGGGUUCUCUCUGGGUUCGGACUCUGUGUGUUUGGCACCUACCUCUCACCGUUCUCCCACACGUUUUACGAGUAUCCGUCAUUUCCGGUUAUUAAAACAAUCCUGAGAUCAAGGCCGAACUGUGUGGAUGAGUGGCUGCCGCACACCGGCAUAACCUCGGUCCAUGUGUUCCUGAGGAAAGAUCCAGUUCAAGUUUUUUGUCCCCUGUCCGACUGGAGAACUGACCACUGUUCCGCCACCAGCUCUGAUGUUCAAGUUAUAAUCGUGUGAUACUGUUUAAUUAAAAUAUUGUUGUGACAUUUUCCAGAGAGUUUCGUAGAAAGAACCCUGUAAAACGGCAUUGCGUUCCGUCAGUAUACAAUUGCUUUAAACUUUGCGUGGUAGAGACCGUCUGGACAGAACCGGUGAGGAUAUCAAACACUCAGUCUUCGGCUAUCUCAGAUCGUGCUCCUAUCGUGUUGUACAAGCCCAGCUGAAAACUUUAUUACUCUUUACCCGAUAUUCCUACAAGUAUUCCUACUCAGGUUACAACUUGUUCUAUAAGCGUUCGAUAAGCAUUGAUAAAUUACUGUCAUCACUUCACUUGUUUCAUAAUAAGUUUUUGAUAAAAGCAUACAAUAUACUACUGUACUAUUUCUUUCCUUUCUAUCUGCCUACCUACUUACUCUGCUACACACUAUAGUAAUUAUGGUACAAUACGCAAUAAGAAUUUUAAUUAUCGUAACAGUUACUUGCACAAACUAAUACUAAUAAAUAAAUUAUUAAUAAGUCAUUUCCUUUUAG